AUUAAACAAUAUUCUGAGGAUAUCCCUAUACAAAGAAUAAAGGCUAUUAAAAACGAACACGAAGUAAAUGGCAUGAAAGAAGGUUAUUUGCAAGAUGCUGCAGCUAAGAUUCAGUUCUUACACUGGAUACAAAAUGAAGUAAAAAGUGGCCGUACAGUGACCGAGCUAUCUGGGGAUAUCAAACUCCGUGAAUUCAGGGAAAAACAGCCAGACUUUGUGAUGCCAAGCUUUGGGUCAAUAUCUGCUUUUGGACCGAAUGGCGCUGUCAUACAUUACAAGUCCACAGAAGAAACAGACGUCGCCAUCACAGACAAAGACUUGUAUUUAUUGGAUUCUGGUGGCCAAUACAAGUGUGGAGCCACUACCGACACGACAAGAACCAUGCACUUCGGAACCCCUGCUGACAGGCACAAAGUGGGUAAACACAUUGACGCACUUCCUCGGCAACACUUGUGGAAUAACGGUUGGAACUAUAACCAUGGCACUGGCCACGGUAUAGGCGCUAUGCUGAAUGUACACGAAGGUUCUUUCAAUACAAGGACUACGGUUCCUCUUGUAGCAAAUGUAUUUAUGUCUGACGAACCUGGCUAUUAUGAGGACAACGAUUAUGGUGUUCGUCUAGAGACUGUGGUGAUGGUCGUUGAAGCUGAAACAAAGUACAAUUUUGGAGAUGCAACGUUUUUCACCUUUGAAGAAGUCUCGUUUGUUCCCUUCGAUCCUAAAUUGAUCAAAUAUGAACUGAUGUCUGAACGACAGAUCGAGUGGCUUAAUGAUUAUAAUAUUAAAAUCCGUGAAAAGGUCGGUCCCCGAAUUAAGGAUGUCAACCCUGAAGCCUACGAAUGGAUGCUGGGACAAACAGAACAAGUGGUGAGCGAUAGUGACAGUCAACGUGUGGUUUAUAGUGGUGUCAUCCUAGCUGUUCAAAUGUUCUGUGUGAUAAUGAUGGUUUAAUAUGUUGCAAUAAGCAUAUUGCAUUGAGUAGGGCAGUGGGACAAUUCUCUAUUUAGUUUAAAUUAUAUACGAUUGAAUUUAUAAUUUGUAGUUUUGAGAGGGGUAGUUUAGUAUAAAUGUUUGAUAAUUAAAAUGAUUAUCUUGGCUACCUUUGAAUGUACUAUAUAUUGUACUAGAAACUCACAAUGGACCGUAGUAUA